UGAACAACGACCCUUUCUCUGCCAAUUGUUACUUCACGUCCCAUCACAGCAAUCCCAUAUAGGAUCGAUAUCCUUGUGUGCUCAUCCCAAUUAGCUCGCACCCGCGGGAAGUGGCCAACAUGCCUUCAAACCACCUGAACAGCUCGGAAUCCACGCCUUUGCUACACCGCAUCGUGCCUGCCCAUGUCCACCCUGACGGCGAGAGCGGAAGACGUGGCUUUCAUCUGGGCCACUUUCUCAAUGUUUCAUGGCGGAGUGGUUCUACGAUAGCGAAAUAUGUGAACCUUCUAUGGCUGUUCGUGCCCGUGGCAAUUACCCUGAAGUUAGCCACGCCGGGGCUUCCUCUCCUCGUCUUUGCGUUCAGCUAUAUUGCGAUGAUUCCAGUAGCGAACCUGCUGGGAUUUGCGGGCCAAGAGUUUGCGCGAAAGAUGCCGAAAGUGUCUGGGAUCCUCAUCGAGACAUCCUUUGGCUCCAUCGUCGAGAUCAUCCUGUUUCUGGUUCUCCUUGUCAAGCACAAUUCUGCGGAGGGUUCAUCAGAGCAUGGCAACCUGAUUCCAGUGAUCCAAGCAGCAAUCCUUGGGUCCAUCUUGACCAACCUACUGCUCUGCUUGGGUGCGUGCUUUUACGUGGGUGGCCUGCGGCAAGCAAGCCAGAAAUUUCACGCCUCCAUUAGCGAAGUCGGAACUGGACUGUUGUGCGUGGCAGGCUUUGGUUUGCUUAUCCCGAGCGCAUACUACACUGCGCUGAAGGGAUCCGCCGUGCCGGUAGCCAUUGGCCAUCAUACGUUCACGGAGGCGGUACUGCAAUACAACACCCUCAAGAUCAGCCAGGUGACAUCGGUCCUACUCAUAAUCGCCUUUGGGAUUUUCAUCUUUUACAAUGCGCGCUCGCAACACUCCAUCUUUGACGAGGUUCUCGAAGCCGAUGAGCACCACGACCUAGACCGCUCUGAGGACCUCGCGAAGCCCAAGUUUACCUUCACUGAGUGCAUUGUCGCGUUAACACUGUCUCUGGUGCUCGUCACCUUGCUUGCAGUAUUCCUCGUUGAGCGGAUCGAGGAUGUCGUUGAAUCAGGUGUGCCAGAUCAGUUCCUCGGCCUGAUUCUCCUUCCACUCGUCGAGAAAGCGGCCGAACAUCUCACGGCGGUUGAUGAAGCCUGGGAUGGGCAAAUGAACUUUGCUCUUUUCCAUUGCAUCGGUCCCUCGAUCCAGACCGCACUUUUCAACGCGCCUUUGGUCGUCAUCGUCGGCUGGAUGCUGGGCAAGGAUAUGGAUCUGAACUUUGAGAUCUUCAUGAUCGUCCUGCUGGUGCUGUCCAUUGUCGUGGUGGGCAACUUCCUUCGAGACGGCGAGUCGAACUAUCUCGAGGGCGCUCUUCUGAUCAUCAUCUACAUCAUCAUCGCGGUCGCAUCGUGGUAUUACCCCAACCCAGACGUCGCAACAUCGAACGGCCUCGCGAAUUCUUCGUAGCGGGGUAUUCGGGGACCUUGACUGAGUAUCCCUAUUACAAGCCCCUACCAUGGGUCUGUUUACUAUGGUCUCGUUCCCGCUUUGCGUUGUACCAUGUCGCUCCUGUCCAUGCAACACGUCAUGGUCACACAUCCGUGCGUAUAAGCUACCAUGUACCAUCCGUCUGGUAAUUCCGAAUCUGUAUCUACUAUCAAAUAUGAGAUGGACG